AUGGCACCAGAGGCGGUAGAAACAAACGCCGAACCAAGUAGUUGCAACACCUUCCUCCUAUCGACGAAAUAUCAAUCGCUAACUGGCAUUCUCUAGAGCCGACGUCUGGCAUGCUCACUCCCUCCCAAGCAGACGGCGAAUGGACGCCAGAGGCCGGUACGUGAAGAAGGCUCCACAACAAGGGCGGUACGCCUACCUGUACUAAGAUGCAUGCCUACAUGCACACCGGGACGCUCUGGCCUGACAUGAACGUACAGCGCUCGCCGAACUGCCCGAAGUACCACAGACGAGCUCCCCCUCGCCCGUGCCGUUCUUCCAUAUCCUGGAGCGCCUGAAGACGACGAAGCGUGAGGGAUGGCGACGUUUCGGCAUCACUCACGGCGAAUCGAUCUCCGAUCACAUGUGAGUGGCGACCAUAGCCCUAGCGGCCACGACUCCUAGAGCCGGAACGAAUCGUGGACCGACCUUUGUCUAAUCCGUUGCACAGGUACCGCAUGUCGAUAAUCACCCUCCUGUGCCCGCCCUCCCUCGCCUCUCGCAUCGAUAUCUCGAAAUGUACCACCAUGGCUCUGGUCCACGACAUGGCUGAAUCGCUCGUAGGCGACAUCACCCCGGUAGACGGCGUGACCAAAUCCGAAAAGUCCCGUCGCGAGGCAACCACAAUGGACUACCUCACCAAGACCCUGCUCGGCAACGUCCACAAUGGAGCUGCUGGCCGGAACAUCCGAGCGAUAUGGCAAGAAUACGAAGACAGCGAGACGCUCGAAUCGAAGUUCGUGCACGAUGUGGAUAAGAUGGAGUUGCUGUUGCAGAUGAUCGAGUACGAGCGCGUACACGAUGUGAGGAUUGAAUUCUCCAGAGUUGCGGACAGGAUUGUCCUGCCCGAGGUGCAGGAGUGGGCGAGCGAAGUGCUCAAGGAGCGUGCGGAUUUCUGGGCGAAGAAGGGCAUGAAGCCAGACCCGGAGAAGGAUACGAGCGAGGAGCUGAAGCGAAUGCAGGAUGAGUACUACGGAAAGAAGGCAGAAAACGGAAAUGGGGCGGUGGCAGCAGCCACAUUAGAGGCGCAAGGACAUUGA